AUGAAAUUAUAUUUUCUGAUCACUAUUUCCAUUGCGUUGCUAUUAAAUGGCGGCAAUAAUGUGGCCGAUUGUGGGGAAAUCAUAGCCGUACCCGGAUCAAACUGUCACCUUGGUCAAGCCAUCAAACAUAUGUUUGAAUUGUCUGGUAUGACACUGGCGGACAUGGAUCGGGUCAAGAUUGAGGUCUGCAAACGUUGCGAAUCCUGUUGUAAAGCCAUUGAUCUGAUCGAGAAGACCGUCAUCGAAGAUGUUUAGACUAUUAUUACUGGC